AUGGCUACAGCAGACGCAAAGAUUCAGGAGCUUCUCACGAAGCCUCGCAAUGAGCUUACUGAAUACGAAGUUUCUCUCCUCGAAGAGCACGAGUUCUCCGCCGGUCCUCUGUCCAUCCUCCAGACCGCCGUCCGCAGCCACUCCCAAGUCCUCAUUUCGGUCCGCAACGGGCGCAAGAUCCUCGCGCGCGUCAAAGCUUUCGAUCGCCACAUGAACAUGGUGCUGGAGAACGUCAAGGAGAUGUGGACCGAGACGCCCCGACUCGCCAACGGCAAGAAGGGCAAGCCGGUAAACAAGGACAGGUUUAUCAGCAAGAUGUUCCUGAGAGGCGACUCCGUCAUCCUUGUCCUCCUAAGCUAG